AUGUCUACUUCACGGCCACUCAUCGGUAUCGCGCUCUCUCUCCCUCAACACGUCUACUGCGACCGCGCAAAAUUCUGUAUCGGCUCUUCGACAGGAAAGGCAGGCGUUCAUCCUCCGGGUACUGAGCUUUACCAGCUGCUCUUGCAACGAGAUGGUUCGAAAAUCAGCGUCUGCGCUCCGUGCUACGACACUUUGGUUGCGCAGGACACAACCAAACGUGUCUCAACUGUUGCGUCAUCUAAACCUUCACAAUCCCAACAUUCCCAUGGGAUGCCGCCGCCGCCAGCCCCUCAUGGACGUCGUGUCAAGGGCGAUGCGGAGAUUCAUCAACUUGUCGCAGCCGCCCAGCGCCAUGAAAAGGUCAAGGUUCGGGCCAUUGGAACUGUCGCAGGUACAUCAGGAUCAAGCUCAAGAGGCCCGCAAAUCCGCCAUAGUACUGGUGGGUAUAAUUCAAACCACAGUAACUAUGAAGCUGCCCAGCAGGCAAAUCGCAAGCGCGCCCUCGGUACCAGCACCGCGAUUCUUGUUUCGAUCACAAUCCGUCUCGUUCACCUAGCAAAGACGAAGUCAUUUCAAACAUUCGAGACAUGCCUUAAAACCAUUCCAGAGGUCGUUCCUGUCAACAUCACCGCUGCGUCACUGCUGGAACUUGCAUUCAAGUGGAUAGAGCAACCAUACCGUGAUGCGCUCACCAAUCUCGGUUUCUCCGAGACUUUCCCUCUCUUCAUCGACGAUGUCGAGUUACAGAACGCCGCUGGCAUUCCCUACAAGAUGGAUCUCGACAUCCCUGUCAUUCGACACCACUUCUUCAAGUCGGCGAAAGAUGGGAGCAGCCUCGUCUUUAACAACAAAGCCACUGUUCCCAUCGUUCGCCUGAUGCUUUCGCAGAACUGGGUGACCCGGUAUCGCAACUGGACGAUCGAUAUGGAGGAAGAGGCCUUCCUGGUGGCAGAGCAAACAUCGGGAGCUAGUAAACGAAAGGUGGCGGGCUCUACGAAGCCGGCGCGCAAACGAGCGAAGAAGCAGUCGGAAACAGUGGCCGAGCCGUCCUCUAUGAUGGAGUCGCAACCUAUUCCCUCGACGUCGGCUGCCGCCGCGGCAAUGAAGUCUGUGUCCAUCAACACAUCCCGCUCCGUCCAGCAGAUUCCCUCUUCAUCUGCCGCCAUUCCCAAUGAUAUCGAUGGGGAAUUUCUGUCAUCACACGCAUCUCGCUCGCGCCAUUCCGCGUCAGCUCCAGUGGUCAUUCCCACUGAUUUGGCUCGUGCCCUUUCGUUGGCCAAGAAGACGAGCGCAACUGAUGCUCAUCUCUUUGUCCAAAUUCGCACGUUCCGCGUUGGCCUAAAGAUGGUCCUAUUGCUCCCACUCGAUGAACUAACGAAAGCCAUGUCAUCAAGCCGUCUCGAUCGAUUUGCUACCGAGUCCGAGUAUACAUUGAGCAUCAACUUCGACCACAAGAGCAUCGGGGGCUUCAAAGCUGCAUUCUUUGGGCAUAUAUCCGAGUCUCCCUUUACGACAUCCAGACUGGAGAUCUGCGCAAAGCAGGCACAUGACGGAAAAGGCGCCAAUCGCAAGAUCCUGUCUUCAGAAGCGCAGCUCAAGCAUCUUCCCGAUGAGAUCAGCGCGCAUCAGUGGGGCAAUGCUCUCCUUGAAGCAACUUAUGGGAUGAUGAGGUCGUGGCGUGCGACAAAGAUGUGCGAUGACCCACACUGGCGCUCGAAGCUUCGAUCGCCCCAGCUUCGUUUUACAGAGGUUGGACUUGCAGUCGAGCAAGGCGGCGGUCAGCAUCCCAAGGUAUUCAUGGUCGAGGAGCGCAUCACUGGGGAUUUUGUCAAGUACAUCCAUAAUGGCUCAGCACGGCUCUCGGCCUCGGCGCAGAAUGAUCCUGUUGCUCUAUUCCUCUCAUUUACGCAGCAUGCUCAGUAUAUUCUUUCUGAUGGCAUGAUUUUCGUCAGUGACUAUCAAGGUGGACUUGACAACGAUGGAAAUAUUCUUCUGACGGAUCCUCAGAUCAUCAGUGACCCAAAACUUGGUGAGAUAUUUGCGGGAGGUAAUGUUGCCUCGGCCUUCUAUAACUUCAAGAAUGAUCAUCGAUGCAACUCAUUCUGCAUUGACUAUGGCUUGGCACCCCUCCACGACUUUGUCCCAAUUCGCGCAAGGUCUACAUGA